ACUAACAUUAUCUUAGGCGAUCUACGCUCUAAACGUGUACAUCUGGCAAUGGAAUCCACAUCCUCGUCAAGUCGGCGUCGUCAUCUUCAUCGUUCCCGUUCUGAAUUUAGUUGGUUGUGCAUCGGCUCUAAUUUCUGUCUGGUUCAUGGUCCAAAAAUUCUACUGGAAACGAGUGGUGAGAAGAUACUGUUACAACAUUUCGUUGCUUUUUUCACAUAAUAUCAACAGCUUCAAUCAUCUACUGGUCACCAUUGGAUGGUCAUUCUGCUUAUUCUGGAGUCGUUUUUUCACCUCGAAUAAAGUCUCCAAUCUGUUUAUCAAUGAAUGGGGUAGUGGUACUGAUGAUAUCGAAAUCGAAGCACUUCAAGAACAUUUUUAUCGGGACACUGCAACAUGA